GUCCUGCUGGCCAGAAUCUCCUUUUGGUUUCAGUUACUUUUACGGUUGUGGGAAGUUUGGUGGAAGGUUUUCUUUCCAUAUUACUUUGCAGUUCUAGAUUGUUUAUUUCAUCUUGUGUGGAAUUUUAAUUAGAAAAAGAGAUUUGUCUCAUUCGCAUGAAAUUAAUCUUGUUCAGAAUAUGUUCUUGCAGGUUAGAGAUUCUGGGUGUGGCAUUAGCCCACAAGAUAUCCCACUAGUAUUCACCAAAUUUGCAGAGGCACGAAGUACAUCAAAUCGAAGUACUGGAGGGAAGGGUCUGGGGCUCGCCAUUUGCAGACGAUUUAUUCAACUUAUGAAAGGUAACAUUUGGGUUGAAAGUGAAGGCCUAGGAAAAGGAACCACCGUCACGUUCGUAGUUAAACUUGGAGUCUGCAACCAUCCAAAUGCAUUGCCAAUGCUACCUAUGGUCCCUAGAGGCAGGCUGAACAAAGGUGGUGAUGAUCUCUUCAGGUAUACACAGUUCCGUGGAGAGGAAGGUGGGAUGGCUGUGACUGCUCAACGCCAGCAAAGAAGUUUGUAAAUCACGACAAACAUUGGUGACAUGAUAGUACAGAAGACCAGGACUUGUGAAUUUGGGAUUUCUUCACUGUUUUGUAUGCUCCAAUGGCAGUGUCUUGUAACUAACUUAAUUUAGUGACCUAAAAAGUGAGGUCUAAACAUUGCACCAUCUUGAAAAUAUCACUAUUUAACUUGUAUAGCGAGCUUUAGACAAAAAUAUGAUAGGGCCUACAAUGCUCUUAGGAGUGUUUACUUCUGGACAAAAACUGCAGUUGCUCACGGCAUUGUGAUGAAGUGCUGCUUAACAGUUCCCUUGGUAGGCCAGUCCCUUUUGUGAAGUAACAUGUCUCU